UCAGCUUGGUCGCAUCCUGUGUGAGUUGCCUGUUUGGGAGUGUUGAACCUGUGGAGCAACAAGGCGUAUUCUUAACACACCGUGAUGGCUGAUCAACUGACAGAAGAACAGAUCGCCGAGUUCAAAGAGGCCUUCUCGCUCUUUGACAAGGACGGCGAUGGCACCAUCACCACAAAAGAGUUGGGGACAGUCAUGCGCUCGCUGGGCCAGAACCCCACAGAGGCCGAGCUGCAGGACAUGAUCAACGAGGUGGACGCUGACGGCAACGGAACGAUAGAUUUCCCAGAAUUCCUCACCAUGAUGGCCAGGAAGAUGAAGGACACCGACAGCGAGGAGGAGAUCAGAGAAGCAUUCCGUGUCUUUGACAAGGACGGUAACGGCUACAUCAGUGCGGCUGAGCUGCGUCACGUGAUGACAAACCUGGGGGAGAAGCUGACGGACGAGGAGGUGGACGAGAUGAUCAGAGAGGCCGACAUCGACGGUGACGGCCAGGUCAACUAUGAAGAGUUUGUACAAAUGAUGACGGCGAAGUGAAGGCCUUGUAUAGACGCUCGCUCUUCUAUAAAUCAUUUGCCUUUUUUCCCUUAUUUUUUGGUUUAAUUUAUCUGUAAACCGUUAAGCCCCCAACUUAACCCCUCAUCCUCUCUCUCUCUCUCUCCUGCUCUUCCUCCUCCUCCUCCUCUUCCUCCUCCCUUGUCCUGGCUAUCCAGAGGAACUGCAUGUAAACCGCGUAGGAUCACAAGUCUUCAUGUCCCUUUUAUUUAUUUGAUUUUUUGUUCUUUUUUCUUUUGUAAAUUUUCUUUCUUUUUUUUUUUUUUUUUUUUUUGCUGUCGUCGUGGUUUUCCAGAGUGGCGGAACUGCCUGAGUGCUUCGGGUGCCCGUCCUAGGGCUGUGUCGGGGUGGGGUUGGGGGUGUUGCGGUGACACUCGACUCGGGAGAUGGUUUGGUCAUGUCAUGUCGGCCCCGCCCCCUUUGCUCUCCGCCCCCCACCCGUCUCAGCGCUGCGUGGCAGUUGAUUGGAGACCUGUCAGCUGGUUUGUCACACCUGUUGGCAUGGCAACGAUGUAGAGGAGUUUACUCUCUGCAUGGAUCUUGGAUCAUGGAUUAAAAAAAAAAAAAAGCAUAUACAGUACAGUAUGGAAAAAUCUUCUUCUCUCAGCAUUGCACUAACUGCAAAAAGAAAACAAAAAAAUAUGAAAUGAAAAAAAGACGAGUGUAUCAUCUUAAAGCACUCGUACAUAAACUCUUUUUGUAUCUGCUGUUAAUAUACUAGAGAACUACUUGUUUGAAUCUUGUUAUGCUUUUUUGAUGUUCUUAUUUUACUUUUCUGUUGUUUUUUUUUCUUUCUGUCUUGGUUCUUUUCUUUCUCUCUUUUAUUUUCUCUCUCUUGCUUUCUAUUUUCUUUUCUUUUUUCUCUUUUUUUUAAAAGCUUAAGGCAUAGCCAUGCCUCAGAAAAAUUCAUUCCAAGUUGUAUAUUUUUGUUUUCCAAUAAAAUUUACAGUUUACCCAGACUGAAAAAGUUUUUCUUGA